GAUCAAGCCGUAGCGCCACGCAAGGGCCACCGCGACAUAACCUGCGAUCAUAAUAAUAACAAAAGCGUCGCGACGGAUUUUUGUUAUCAAAAUACUGCGGAGUCAUAUCACGGAAUCCACGAUUUCGCGCGGUGCGCGCCGUUAUUGUGAUGCCGAGAACGUGAACCCACCGUGGACGGCUUCGGCAGGAUGGGCGACAUACGUGCUGGCCUCGAAGAUCUGAAGCUCGACGGUGCUCUGUUUGCCAACGUUAAAUACUACGUCAGCGGUGAGGGCGAUCCGAAGAUUUUGAAUUUAUUGCAAGAAGGUGGGGCUGAGAGAUCUAAUUAUUUUAGUGAUUUCGUUACACAUCUGAUAGCAGGUAAUGAAGCAUUAGAAAAUGAUAUUUCUGCAGCGAAGGAUCUGUAUGAAAUACCAGCAGUCACACAAAAUUGGAUUUUAUAUUCUAUUAAGUGCAACAAGCUUCUACCAACGCAAUAUUUCUCACCAGAAGAGAAUCAAUUGUUCUCGAGCAUACAUGUCUGCCUAUCCCAAGUAAGUCGUGCAGACAGCAAGUCUCUAUGGGCAAUGAUAACACUGCAAGGUGGCAAGUGUCAGCUACGCUUGGACAAAUAUUGCACUCAUCUGAUUACGGGCAAAGCAAGUGGUAUAAAGUAUGAAGCUGCUAUGAGACACCAUAUACCCAUCGUAACGCCUGACUGGAUAACGGAAUGUUGCAAGAAAGGUACUCUCAUUAGUGAAGUGGAGUAUCAUCCUAGACUGUUGGUGUCUCCAAAUAGCUCGACAGCCAUGAUUACUGGAUUCAUGGACGAGGACACGGAUAAUAACGUUGCGCAAGAGGAGCAAGACAGGACUAAGGCCAUGUUGGAGCAACUCAAGCAACGUAUGCCAUGGAAUCAAUCGAGUCCAUCGGUGUCCUCGAGCGCUUCGCACAGCCUUGGUGCGACCAGUACGACGACUGUUCCUUAUUCGACGAGUGGACAAAAUACCGUGAACAUGCAGCCGCAACAGCAUCUUCCACGAUCAGUCUCCUCGACCAAUUUGAGCACUUCCACAGCUGUCCCAUCAGUCUCCGAGCAGGAUGUCAUCAGUCAAACAAAUUGGCUUCCACAGACGUCUCAACAAAACAAUAUUUCUCAGCAAAUGAAAGCUGUAUCGUCGCAGAUGCAGCAGCAAGAGCUGCCCCCGCAACAACAGCAGCAACAGCAAAUGAAUAUGCAGCAUCAAUUGAUACAGCAGCAGCAAUUAACGCAACAACAGCUCACGCAGCAUCAACAACAGUUGCAGCAGCCACCGUACAAUCAACAACAACUUUUGAAUCAGCAGCAGUCUCCUCAGUUACAGCAACAGCAAUUAGUGGGGCAACAGCAGUCGAUAAUGCCUCAACAACAGCAACAAUCAAUAAAUUCGCAAUUACCUCCGCAUCAGCUAAACACGCAGCAGCAGCAGCAGCUAUUGACAUCGCAAAAGCAAUUAAAUCAACAUCAAAUUAUUCAGCAACAGCAAUUACAGACUCAGCAGCCACAUUUGACGCAACAACAACAGCAAGUGCAACUGGCAGCUCAACAACAGCAGCAGCAGCAAAUAGUGAUGCAGCAGCAACAACUACCUUCUCAGCAACCACAAAUAGCAGGUCAACAUCAAUUGACUCAACAAACUCCACCGCAGCAACUUACUUCCGAGCAGAGACAACUUAUUUUAUUGCAACAGCAGCAGCAGCAACAGAAGAUACAACAGAUUUCACAACAACUGCAGCAAUCUGCUCCGCAGAACUCGCAACAGUUCGUCAUAAGGGACGGCCAGUUACAACAACAGCCACAGAAUCAGCAGUUAAUUGGACCAAAUCAGCAAGGAUUUAUUGUUCAACGAGACUCACAGUGGCAGCAACAGCAAUACCACUUGCAGCUGCAAAGGCAACAACAACAGCAACAGAUUGGUGCUCAAAGGCCCGGAGGACAAUGGAGUCAACCGCCUCAACCUCCUCGACACUUGAUUCAGUUGGACGCGCAGACACAUCAGCAGCUACAGCAGAUGGAUCCCCAACAGAGGGCUCAAUUCAUCCAGAAGAUUCAGCAAAAGCACCGGGGCAGCCUAAUAUUGCAGAAGCAGAUGCAGAAUCGCCAGACGCAGCAGGGCUCGCACAUCGCUGUUAUAAGAAGCCCGGGUAAACCAGUACAGCCGGGCAGUUUACAGUGGGUUCAGCAAGCUCGACCGCAGAUGAUGGGACCACAACUCGCGCAAGCUCCAGGACAGAAACCCGUACAUCCUGGAGUACAGCCACCGGCAUUAACUCCGAUAAACUCUUCCAAUCCAGUCAUCGUAUCAGCCGGCCAGGCUGCUGUUCAAGGCCCGCAGGCGUCACAGAUAGGUCAGCCAUUCCAACAAGGACAGCUGACGCCUCAGCAAUUGGCGCAAUUGCAGUUACAGAAGCAGCAGCAGAUGGUCAGACUGCAACAGUUACAGCAUUUACAGCAACAACAACAGCAACAGCAAGGCGCGCAGCAAGAACCGCCGUUAGCGUCUCUGCCGAAUAAUGCGCAAAUUCCGCCGGAUCAGCAGCUUGUCGUGAAUGCUAAAACAAAAACUGCGCUGGCAAAUAUGCUGACUAACAGAUUGCAAGGCGGUGCUGCCGAGGGUAGCGCAGCUGGUCAAUUGAGAUUAAUGACUGCGCAGCAUCGACCUCCACCCCCUCCUUCACAGGACCCGCAACUCUUAGCAGCUUAUCAGCAGCAGAGGAGAACUACUCUGGGGAACAUAACAAAUGGCGCGUCAUCGGGAGCACCUAUAAAAAUGCAAUAUGCUCCAGUUAUGCCACAACCUAAGACUCAGUUUUAUGGUCACAAUCCAAAUCUGAAAUUGCCACCGGAUCUAUUUUUGUUAGGAUGUAUCUUCGUCAUUGUCGAAUAUGACGUGCAGCGUCCUAAUGAAGUUUCAGUCUGGAAACAAGUUAUUGAGAGACAUGGCGGCGAGGUGGAGUCACAGUAUUGUACACGUGCAACACAUGUGCUAGCGAUUACACAGAAACAUCCGACUGUGGUGCAAGCGCUGCGCGAGGGAAAACGUUGCGUCAGUGCACAUUGGCUUUCUGACGUUGUUAGUAAACAGCAAGUUACUCCACCUUGGCAUGUUCUUCAUUUUCCAACGCCAUUUAGCUUAACUGAGCUACCGUGUGGCAAGCAAAUCAUAUCGUUUUCCGGAUUCGAGGGAGAGGAACGAGCAAAAGUCAAAUUCAUGCUAGAGGCUUUGGGUGCAAAGUACACGAAUUACUUUUCCAGGCACAAUACGCUUCUUGUUUGUAGAAGGCCAGAUGGACUGAAAUAUAAAAAGGCACGUGAGUGGCAAACUAGUGUUGUAAAUGCACAAUGGCUGACGGAUUUACUAUGCGGGCAGAUGAAUGCUUUGCAUCAACUUGAGGGUCCAAAGUAUCAACAGUUUAGUCUGAGUAACCCUUUCAGACUGGAUUAUUCACUAGUGCCUCAUCUCAUGGCUGCUUGGAAAAUGCCAAUAAAUAUUACACAAGAAUCGUAUGACAAAGUAAAACAGGUUGGUCAGGGUCCAAAUUCGAUUAGAAAAUACAAAAAGCCACGCUUGGAUGGCCCACUAUUGAGUAAGGACCCGCAUCUUCUGGGUUUGGAUGAACCGAUUGUCAUUAGCAAUCCUGAUCCUCCGCCACCCGAUAAACAACCAAGAAUACUAUUUUCUGGUAUAAACCCUAAAAAUCAUGCCAAGAGGAUUCGAGAAUUGGGAGGCGCUCUAGCUGCUAGCUGGCGAGACGCCACUCAUCUCAUAAUGUCGGCGCCAUUACGAACAGUAAAACUAUUGUGUUGUUUAUCACGUUGUAAAUAUAUCGUAAAUCUUCAAUGGCUACUCGAAUGCUCCGCGAAAAACACCUUUGUGGACGAAAGCGCAUAUAUGCUCGGUGAUCCGGAAUUCGAGAAGAACUUCAAUUGCAAUAUCGAAAAAACUUUAGCGAGUCCCAAUCGAGGAACAGUACUUAAGGGUAAAAUAUUUUAUGUCACACCGAGUGUGAUACCAGCCCCUUCGGCAAUCGCGGAAAUAAUAGAAAGUGCAGGAGGUACGAUGGAAAAGACACGUAGACCAAUCGCUCAGAUACAAGAGAUGAAUGCUGGGAAAUUAACUUAUAUUAUCGUGACCCAUGACAAUGACCUCCAUCUCCUUUCUGAUGUCUUACGUGCAAAUAUCAAUGUGUACAGUGCAGAAAUCGUAUUAGGCGCAGUCGCACGGCAACAAUUCCAAACUGAUACGAGUUAAAUCUAAAAUGUGCAGGUUACACUUUGCUAUAUUUUUAUCCCUGUUAUGGGCCUAUCAAUUCUUUAAUGAUUUAUUUUCGAAACGGAAAUUUUUGCUUACCUUCUGCAAUGGGGACAAUAAAGAACAUAAUUUUAUGAUA